AUAGAUUUUGUCUCAAAAGAUCUAAUCAGCGAUCUACCAAAUCAUCUGAUUUCUCACAUCCUGUCUCUCCUUUCAACCAAAGAAGCUGCUUCCACAUCUGUUCUCUCAAAAAGGUGGCACUUUUUGUUUGCGUCUGUGCCAAAUUUUGAUUUUGAUGACGCAAACGAAGAGACUACCACAAGUUUUGUUGAAUUUGUGGAUAGAGUAUUUACUUUGCUAGGGAAUGGCACAAUUAACAAAUUCUCUCUAAGUUGUGGAGAUGGUGUUAAUCCAAUUCGUAUCAGUUGUUGGAUGUUAAAUGUGUUGUUACAUGGCGUAACUGAUCUUGAUCUAAACGUGUCAAAGCUUUACCUAUGUAGCCUAAUCUUAAGGAGCAAGUCACUCGUGAAGCUGAGAUUAGGGCCGAGAUAUGGUCACUCUCUCACCUCUGGCAUGGAGGUGGUAGAUGUUUUUCUUCCAAACCUUAGAUGGCUCUUUCUUGAUUCACGUGAUGUUGGGCUUGCAAAGCUUCUCGCUGGCUGUCCCAUGAUUGAAGAAAUAACUCUAAUGAACCUCAGGUGGGGUUUUUGGAAGUCUUGCACAGUCUCUAUCACCAAACUCAAGAGACAAACGUUUUCCUUUGAGCACAUCAUUUUGAGUCUGAAGGAAGAAUCCUUUAUUACUCUGAAACUUGUCUACGUAGCGUACUACGAUACUAUUGCAGACAAGUAUAUGAAAAUCAGUUUUGAUUUGAUUAUCGAAGCUCAUAUCAGUCUUCGGCUAACAAAAGAUGUAGAUGUUAACAUCAUAAAAAGUGGUAAGGCAAUAGAAAUGGUUGGAAAAGCCAACGCUUUUCUCCGGGGAAUGCAACGUUCAAAUACUUUUCGUAUCUACCGGAGCACUUGA